GUCGGGCCACUGCAUCGCUGUUCCGCAAGGCCCAUCAACCUCAGGAGCAACGUCAGCGCCUUUCAGACCAACCAAUAAGGAAAGGCCAAGGAUGGAGUCGAAGGUUGGUGGUCCUUCCAGUGAAGAGUCGCGGAAGAGAAAGUGUUCGAGCUCACCGGCGGCGCAGACGUUGAAGCGUCUCAACCCUGACGGCACUCUUAACCGGCGAUGGCUGGAACAAGAAUUGGUCUUGCUGCAGGUGCCAUGUGACGGCAACGAAACGGACGUCCGCAAUCCUCCCGUAGAGAGCGACGAUCUUGAUGCGCCGUCGACGUCGCGAGGCCGGGGCGCGCUGUGGAUAGAACCUCCAGCACCGCCGGAGCCUCCGAAGCGACCUGUGGGCGUCGCUUCGCCCUUCAUUUCCGCGUCAGUGUUGGUGGACCGCUUCACGCCAGCAGUGACGGGCCUCGCAGUUGGCAGUUCUCCUGAGCUUCGUCGCUCAGCAGACGAUUGCCCGCCCUCGAGCUCUACGCAGGACGCGACUUCAUCGGCGCAAGUCGAAGAACAGCCACGCUGAUGCUGCACACCUCCCUUCUAUCCUUAAGCUCGCCGGCCGAGUGGCAACGCGCGAUCGCCACAAGCAUGAUAAAAGUUUUGGCCGA